AUGGCCAUCUCGGCAACAACGACGUUCAGCUGUUGGGUCGCGCGCCGGGUCAUGAUCCCUGGCUUCUCGCCAACACGACCCAACUCGCCGGAUGCGGAAGCGCUCGCUCACGCUCACGCGCACGCCCCGUGGCCCCCGGCAACGGCCCCCGCCUCACCCCGGACCCCGGCACCGGCGAUCCCGGCCGUGGCCUUGGAGGCCAUAGCGCGCAAGGUUGCGCAGCUCGACAAGUCGGCGCCCAUCACGACAUACAAGGCCUGGCUCGCCGAGUAUGAGGGCGAGGGCGAGGGCGAGUGUAUGGGUGAGCCUGAUGAGGAGAAGGACGACGAUGCGGUCAAGGGCGUUGCGAGAGCCAGCUCCUAUGUCGUUUGCGAUCUGAUUCGCAACCUGCCGUGUCGCCACAUUUACCACUCCGAAUGCAUCACGCAGUGGUUCCUCAACAAGCACGACACUUGUCCGCUGUGCAAGGUUCACUACGUGCCGCAGGACAAAGACGAUGCCGCGCUCGCGAGGCCACCCGCGGCGGCUUUCAGAGGACAUAGGCCUUACGACGCGAUGUAUCGGCUCUAUACGCAAGUGCCGAUAUGA